CAGUGAGUGAUAUGUAUGAUAGUGAUAGGUGAUUGCAAUUGCGGGUUUGUAAUUUUUAAUUUGCUUCAUAACGUAAAAUAAUGAUUAAGGAAAUUUGAUAGAGGUAGCCGCCUAUUGUCAUUGAAUAUUAGAGGUUUUCUUACAUAAACUUUGGUAAAUCCUGACUUAUUAUAAUUACUCAACGCAACCCAUGUGACAAUGGAGUAUUGUCCACCUAAUGUUACUCUUUGGGAAGUGUGGGUUGAUCAUGGCAUAUCACAAUGUUUUAUGGAGACUAUUUCUGCCAUUGUUAUUGGUAGUUUCCUUAUUGGAUUUGGUAUUAUUCAGAUUGUUAUGUACAAAAGAUAUGGAACUGAAGUAUUAGAUGUCAGGUCGUCGCGCUUGUUUGGGGUUCAGCUGUUUUUCACGCUAUUUGUACCAGUUUUGGCUGUAACACGGUUUAUACUGCAGUCAUUUGUAUUCAAAGGUGGACAUGUCUAUGGUUAUAUGGUUGUAGCUCUAGUGAUAAAUGUAGUAGUGUUUCCUCUAUCGGCCUACCUCGCAAUUUUGGAGAGGCGAUACCUACUACCCUCGGUGCCUCCGAGAGGCCAUGGCUUCGUGUUAUUGGUUUUCUGGGCUCUGAUAUUUGUGUCAGAGAAUCUGUCAUUCCUGAAUCUCAAUAAGGAAGGAUGGUGGUGGGGAUUGAAAGAUCUCCAAGAUCGCCUAGAGAUGGCACUCUUCGUCGGCCGAUAUGUAUCCUGUAUGAUAAUGUUUAUACUUGGCCUAAAAGCCCCUGGAAUCAUGCAUCCGAAUGAGUACUUCAGGGUAGACGAUAAUCGCAGAAUACCUCCGCGGGAUGAAAACAGGUCAACAUUCCGCAAUGUAUUCAGCAAACUGCGCACCCUGCUGCCGUUUCUUUGGCCGCGCAAGAGUCUGUGCCUGCAGAUCUACGUGUUUAUAUGCAUAUUGGCUCUCAUCGCCGGCCGCGUAGUUAACCUUUACGUGCCUAUUUAUAAUAAGCUGAUAGUGGACAGCUUAUCCAUACCGCCGAUGGUGUUCCGUUGGGACCUCGUCGUGGUUUACGUGGUGUUCAAGUUCCUGCAAGGCGGCGGAACCGGCGGAAUGGGCUUUCUGAACAAUCUGCGCUCCUUCUUGUGGAUCAAAGUGCAGCAAUACACUACUAGGGAAUUACAGCUAGAAUUAUUCAAACACCUCCACGAAUUACCUCUGCGAUGGCACCUCGCUCGCAAAACCGGCGAAGUCCUUCGCGUAAUGGACCGCGGGACGGAUUCCAUAGACAACUUGCUGUCGUACAUUCUUUUCUCUAUAACUCCGACUCUGGUGGAUAUUAUAGUGGCAGUGGUGUACUUCGUAACUCAGUUUAACGCUUGGUUCGGACUGAUUGUCUUCUCGACUAUGGUUUUGUAUAUAAUUGCAACGAUCGCCGUAACGGAAUGGCGGACAAAGUAUCAACGGCGUAUGAACUUAGCUGACAACGAACAGAAGGCGCGUUCGGUCGACUCUUUGCUCAAUUACGAAACUGUCAAAUAUUACGGCGCUGAGAGCUAUGAAGUUGUGUCUUAUAGAGAAGCUAUUGUUAACUACCAGAAAGAAGAAUUUAAAUCUCUCAUCACAUUGAACAUGCUCAAUACAAUGCAGAACGUCAUCAUUUGCAGUGGUCUACUUGCCGGCUCUCUGCUGUGUAUUUCUAUGGUCACCAAAUUUGAGUUGACUGUUGGUGAUUACGUACUUUUCGCCUCUUACAUAGUGCAACUCUACGUACCGCUUAACUGGUUCGGUACUUAUUAUAGGGCAAUCCAAAAGAACUUUGUUGAUAUGGAAAACAUGUUCGACCUGAUGCGAGUGGAUAGCGACGUGAAGGAUGCCGUGGGAGCCCCAGACUUGUUAAUUAGACGAGGUGGCAUUGAAUUCAAGCACGUUUCAUUUGGAUAUGGGCCUGAAAAACUGAUUCUUACUAAUGUUAGCUUCAAAGUAGCGCCGGGCAGUACUGUCGCGUUGGUCGGUCCGAGCGGCGCCGGAAAAUCGACAGUGAUGCGUCUUUUGUUCCGUUUCUAUGACGUGAACGAAGGCGCGGUGCUGGUGGACGGUCAGGACGUGCGCACGGUGACGCAGGCGUCGUUGCGCGCCAACAUCGGAGUGGUGCCGCAGGACACCGUGCUUUUCAACAAUACUGUCCGAUAUAACAUCCAAUAUGGCCGCUUGACUGCAACCUCCGCUGAUGUUAUUUCUGCGGCCAAAAAUGCUGAUAUUCACGACAGAAUACUCACAUUCCCUGAAGCGUAUGACACACAGGUUGGAGAAAGAGGGCUGCGGCUGAGUGGUGGUGAGAAACAAAGAAUAGCGAUAGCAAGGACCAUACUAAAGGAUCCUGCGAUCGUUCUGUUGGACGAAGCCACGUCUGCUCUCGAUACUAACACGGAGAGAAAUAUACAGGCAGCGUUGGCGCGAGUCUGCGCGAAUAGAACAACUUUAAUAAUAGCACAUAGGUUAUCAACAAUCAUCCAUGCAGAUGAGAUUUUAGUGCUCAAGGAAGGAGAGAUCAUUGAAAGAGGAAGCCACGACACAUUGCUAGCGCAAGGCGGUUUCUACGCAUCAAUGUGGCAGCAACAACUCGAAAGUAGAAACAGCAACAACAUAGGCGAAGGUAACAACAACAACGUAGAAGAAACGCCGCCCACUCAACCCAACGGGGGCGGCGCGGUCAACCCUGGCCAUGGGCACGGCCAUCUUUAAAUCUAUUUUGCCCCGUUUAGGUAAUACGUUUAUGUAUGGCAAAAUCUAGAUGUGAUAUUUCUGGUGUGAACGGUGCUAGUCGGCGGUGGGCGUCACUAACCAAUGAAUUUGUCAAUUUGUAUGGACGCGACUGAAUCUUUAUAUAAGUAGGUUCAAUUUGGUACAAUAAGUGCAACUGUGUGAUGACACCUCUCAAACUCAGUGUUGAUCAAGUUUUUAAGUUUACAUUGUGAUAAUGUAAAUAAUCAAAUAUAUUGUAGGUACAUAGAGUAUUAAUAUAUUGUGAUGGGAAAUUAUACGUGCGAUUUCAGUGGUUAUUAAACUAUUUUCUUUUUUAA